AUGAAAGACUUCCGAGAGAAAUCUUUAUUCGGCAGUGCAUCGGCAGUUGUGUAUACCAUAGAGUUUCAAAAACGAGGUCUACUGCAUGCCCAUAUAUGUUUGUUCUUAAAUGACGAAAGUAAGCUUCCUUCGGUUGAGCAUGUUGAUAAGUUUAUUUCUACCGAGAUACCUGACAAAAACUUAGAUCCAGAUCUGUAUACUCUUGUUAGUGACUAUAUGAUUCACGGACCUUGUGGUGUUGCAAAACCAAAUUGUCCGUGUAUGGUCGAAGGUAACUGUUCGAAGAAAUUUCCUAAGAAGUUUUGUGAUGAGACUACUAUAGAUUCAAAUGGUUAUCCGGUCUAUAGACAAGCAGAUUUAGGAUUUUUUUUUGUUGAGAAAUCUGGUAUUCAGCUUGAUAACAGAAGUGUGGUUCCAUAUAGCAAAACCCUAUUGAGACGUCAUCAGGCACACAUUAAUGUCGAAUGGUGUAACCAGGCUGCGUCCAUUAAGUAUUUGUUUAAAUACAUUAACAAAGGAGCAGAUAGGGUAGAAUUUGGUUUUGUACAAAAUGCCGAUGAAGGUCAGCGUGAAGAUGGAAAAGAUGAAAUCAAAGAGUAUUACGAUUGCAGAUAUCUCUCGGCGUGCGAAGCUUCAUGGCGCAUCUUUGCAUUUGAUGUUCAUUAUCGCUAUCCAUCCAUAAUCAGGCUUCCGUUUCAUCUGCCAGAUAAACAAAACGUUGUAUACGGCCCCGAUGAUGAACUUGAUAGUGUUCUUCAAAAACCAUCUGUUUCUUCUACGAUGUUUUUGGGGUGGAUGGAAAAGAAUGAACAAGAUCCGUUAGCGCGCGCCCUUAUUUACGUUGAGUUCCCAACUAAAUUUGUUUGGAAGCAGAAGGAAAGGAUAUGGGAUAAACGCAUAAUAGGCAAAACCAUUGUUCGUAUUCAUUGUGUUAAUCCUUCUAUGGGCGAGGCUUACUUUUUAAGAAUCCUUCUUAAUAAGGUAGUAGGUCCUAAGUCUUUUGAAGAUAUCUGUACUGUGAAUGGACAAGUCUUCCCAACAUUUAGAGAUGCGUGCUACGCUAGAGGCCUUUUAGAUGACGACAAGGUGUAUAUAGAAGCUAUCAAAGAGGCGUACUACACAGGUUCAGGAUACUAUCUUCGUAAUAUGUUUACUACAAUGUUGGCGUCUAAUGAAUUAUCAAGGCCUGAACAUGUUUGGGAAAACACAUGGGAGUACCUUGCGGAUGGCAUUUUAUACAAUUGUAAAAAGCUUUUGAGGAUCGAAGGUUUGUCUCUUCUAGAGGAACAAAUAAGGAACCUAACGUUGCUUGAAAUUGAGCGUUACUUAUUACGUAACAACUCAAGUCUAACUUGGUUUCCGUCUAUGCUUCAACCCGACAGUGAAUCAAUAUAUUCAGCAGACAACCGUUUAAUUGCUGACGAGCUUGGGUACGAUGUAAGCGCUACUGCCAUUGAAUUUGAUAAUAAUUUAAGCAGGCUAACCGAUGAGCAGCAUUUAGUGUUUGAUGAGAUAAUUCAAGCCGUUAAUAGUAAUGCGAGUGGUCUGUUCUUUGUCUAUGGUUACGGAGGGACUGGUAAGACGUUUUUGUAG